AGUCAGGAAGCAUCGGGUCAACAGAGUGGAGAUACAGCAGCGGCUCGAGAUCAGGACUUUGGAGAGCGCAGCGGACAGAGCAAAGAGCAGACAACUUUCGUUAGAGCACAUGUGUAAAGCGAUGUUACAACGGACCGGCCCCCAGCUGCUUUUCCUAAUAGCCCUGUGCAGUGUGUUGUACUCACGGACUCUGAGUCUGCCAUACACAUCCAUGAGACCGACGAGACACGCGGACGGUCUGUUCACCAGCGGAUACAGCAAACUCCUCGGACAGCUAUCAGCGCGGAGGUACCUGGAGUCUCUGAUCGGGAAGCGGGUCAGUGAUGAGCUGAUGGAGGAGCCAGUGAAGCGCCACUCAGACGCCAUCUUCACAGACAACUACAGCCGCUUCCGCAAACAGAUGGCCGUCAAGAAGUAUCUGAACUCAGUCUUGACAGGAAAGAGAAGCCUAGAAGAUCCUGGAACCAGCGACCCGGAGGAGUCCAUGGACGAACCCGGCACCUUCCAGGAGAGCUACAAUGACAUCAAUGUAGAUCACCUCCUGAACAACUUUCAACUGCCACUUUGAGGAGGGGCCGACGCUCGAGUGAAUACCUCAAGUCAUCCUCAUGAAACCGCCCAUUCCAAAAACAACGCAGUAUUAAUCCAAAGUACAUUCGAAAGUCAAGUUAACCAACGAUGAUGUGUUCCCCGAUGUGGUUAUCUAUUUAUUCAUCCACACAGUACAUGUUUACACUUUAUAUAUACAGUAUAUACAAUACUAAUCACUAACGAUUCUGGCUCAGACACUCUACGGGCCACACUGAGCAACAUGCAUGUCCCUGUGCAGUUUGGUUGUCAGCGUUUGAAAACGACAACUGGCAGCAGUAAAUCUGAACAAACAUACCACAUUUACUUUCUUUCUGAGCUCACUGUUGUUCCAUUAACUUUCGACAGGAUUAUUUCUGUCCUAAUAUUGUUUGAAGAAACCACUGUCCUGUUGAAUUGGAGUGAAAUUUGUCCCAUCAACUCUGAGUAAAACAUUUGACCCAUUGAAUGUAAAUAGAACAGCAUUUACUUUCCCAUUGACUUUCAGUAACUGUAACUUUAGCUGUAAAUAAACAAUGUUUGUUCAGUUAACUCUGAAUGGAAAAUAAGUCAGAUUGAAUUGUCAUGAAUUUUCACUAAAUUAAAAAAGUAAUUAACAAUGUGUCAAUCUAAUUUUCAGUGCAACACUCGUACCAUUUGCUUUCAGUGGAAUCAGUUUUGCAGAAAUUGCAGUUGAACUUGAACCAAACCAUAGUCCUAUUCACUUUUAGUAAGAAAAUACUUGUAUGGUACAAAAUGGAAUUGAAUGGAACAUUUGUCACAUUUUGUUUCAAGAUCAAACUUUAAAUAGAACCAUUUUGCCAUAAUAACCUUUCGUGGAACUCUCACUUAAACAUU